UUUCAUGUACACUGCCUUCUCAAACGUCUUACAGAAACACUGUUUGUCAGAUUUUGAAAAGGUAACAUGGGCAUAUUAUCUCUUGUCCUGCUCUUGCUUUCAGCCCAGUGGUCCUGCGCUCAGGAAGACCCUCUUCUGCCUUUCUCUGAACACCUGGACCCCGAGCACAAUGUGCGGCUGAAGUGGGGCUUUGAUGAGAUCCGGGGCACCAUCUUGUUCGAGCUCACUGUCAACACCAGCGGCUGGGUCGGUUUUGGCUUCAGCCCCAAAGGAGGAAUGACUGGAGCCGAUAUCGUCAUUGGAGGAGUUGGACCGAAAGGCAGUUACUUCACGGACCGUCAUGCUGGGGGUAAUUCAUUACCAGUGGUUGACCAACAACAGAACUACAAACUCCUGUCUCUAAACGAGUCUGACGGGAAAACAGUCAUGAAGUUUCAGAGAUCCCUUGGGUCUUGUGAUGAAAAUGAUUUGCCCAUCACUAAUCUUCCCAUGAAGCUGAUCUUUGCGUAUGGACAGAGUGAUGACCUCACAUACCAUAAUAACCGAAGGGGAACGAAGGAGGUGAACCUGUUGAAGUACAUGCCUCGUGUCAACCCUUUAAACAGCAAUUAUUUCGACGUGACUAUGGUCAAUUUCACUGUACCAGCCAACCAAACCUACUAUCACUGCAAGGUCAUGAGAGCCCCUACUUUUGAUCGCAAACAACACAUUUAUCGCAUUGAGCCGUUUAUCACAAACUUUGACCUCGUGCAUCAUCUGCUGCUGUACCGCUGCCCGCCGAGUGUGACGCAGCCGUUUGAAGCGGAAUGUUACACAGGCAAAGGGGAAGAGUGUAUGGAGACCGUUGCUGUGUGGGGAGUUGGCGGAGGGGCUUUUGAACUCCCUGAGAUGGCAGGACUUCCAAUUGGAGGAAAUGUUGGUGAUUUUUUCUACAGGCUUGAAGUGCAUUACAACAACCCAAAUAAAAGUGCAGGUCGAGUUGAUAACUCAGGUCUGCGAUUCUACUACACAUCUGAAAUCCGUCAGCAUGAUGCAGCUAUUCUGAUGACAGGGCUUGCCGUGUACCCUGGGUACGCCAUCCCACCCAACGCCAAAUCCUUCCUCACAUAUGGCCUGUGUGACACUGCUAAUAUUCCAAAGGUUCUGGAGACGCCACAUGAUCUUCAGGUGUUCUCUGUGAUGAUGCACACACACUUGGCUGGACGGAAGGUGCGAGUCGGACACUUUAGAGGAGGAAAACAGAUCGAUCUUCUAGCUGUGGAUGAAAACUACAAUUUUGAAUAUCAGGAAGUGACAAACUUGGGCAAAACUAAGACAGUGCAGUUGGGUGACAAAUUGCUGGUGGAGUGCACAUAUAACACUGAAAACCGCAACACACUCACGUGGGGGGGGUUCUCAACUUCAGAUGAGAUGUGUUUGGCCUUCCUCUUCUACUAUCCAGCUAUGAAUCUGAGCAGUUGUGUGAGCUUACCUGAUAUAGAGUCUUUAAGUUCUGCGAUGGGAGCAACAGAUACAAAUGCCUGGAUCUAUAUGAUGUACACAAAGACAUGGAAUGACACAUCUAUCAAUCAGUACCAACAAACACUGAAGACAAUCGAUCAGCUCGCCAUAGUCGUUGACUCGUUUAACAACGGGUCAUACAACAAUGGGACAAUUCCUGAUCUCAAAGUCAUCCCACCUGCACCCUGCAUGAGCGGUUGUGCCAUCAAAAGUCUUGCUUUGAUAUCGCUGCUCCUCUGUUUGGCAGUGCAGUGGGCUUCCUCAUGAAAUGUUCAUGCAAAAUACUAAACCUGAUGCAACCUGUUGUUCUUUCAUUGUCUGUGAUUAAUAAGUAAAUCAAUUUAACAGACCAAAGACUACUGGCUCAUAGGGACAGACUUGUCAGCAACCUAAGAACCAGAACAACAGAAAAUUGAGCAACAUAUAUGAUAUAACAUUUUUAAUUUUAAAAAAAAAAAAAAAAUCAUAUCAAGAUAGAAAUGGAAUUUACACUUUACUUCCAUUGGUUUACUUUCAGAGAUAAAUAAAAUGUGAAUAAAUAGAAUAUUUCCAACCCUGAAAUAUAAUUAUAAACAUUUAACUAAUAGAUGUGUUUAUGCAGUGUUAUGUCAGAUAAAAUGGCAGACGUGUGCAUAUAGCGCCCUCUAGUGAAAAUAAUAGACAACUGCUUGCUUAAUAGUGCAGUAUAUAUCAAUAAUAUUGACAGCUAGUGGUUGAAAUGGGCACUGCAGUCCAAAUUCAAAAUAUACUGUAGCUUCAAGCAGCGAUGAUGGGCCCAAGCCCUGGUAGCUAAAGGAAACCUGUGCAUAGCAGGCAACAUACAAUAUUAAUUUAGUUUAAAUCAAACAAUGGCCCGGUUUCACAGACAGGUCAGGAUUAGGCCUUAGUUCAAUUAGAACAUUUAAGUAGCUUUUAUAAAUGUUCACUAGAAAAAAACAUUACUUGAGACAAAACAAUGGCACUGACAUAUUUAAAGAUAUGUCAAUGCAAGUUGCUUUAAGUUAAAACAGCUCAAAUAUGCAUUUUAGUCUAGGACUAGGCUUAAGCAUUGUCUGUGAAACUGGGGGAAAGAUUUUUUCCCCCCAUGUCAUUAAUCCCUCGCCAUGGCAACACUGUUUGAGAUAUCCUAUUAUCGCUCACAAUUUAGCAUCUUCAGUGUCUUUGUUUCAUGUUGACUGAGUUUGAUUGCAUGAAUCUUCUACGAGGAGUACUUAAAAACUCAGUCCUUAUUAUUAAAAAAAUCCACAUUCAAACCAAAA